AUGGCUCCGCCGUCGGACGUCUACUUCCCAUCGCUGGACGAGUGCUUUGGUGACAGCCAGAUCAUGUACGCAUACCCUUGUUUUUUAAAAUCUACCCCAGGAAUUGAACGGCAUGCUAACCACAGGCGUAGAUCCUGGAAAACCGCAUACUUGUCUGUAGCGAGAGCAGGCGACCAGUCUAAACCUGACAAGAACAUCUCCGACUUCCUCUCUUCCUCAACUGGUCUCCGCAUCCUCUCAAACCCUUACUCCCCCUUCCCUAAGCCAUCCAGCGCUUCAAAGACAGCAUUUGAGUCGAAGACGGCCGCUAUCCAUGUCGCGUCCUCUAAAAACAACUCGGAUUCAGACGAAAUAAAGUCCGAUGCGCUAUGGCUGAGCAAGGAGGCCGGCAUCGACGAGGUUUCCGCGUUGCGCAUAGUCGUGUUAGCCUGGCAGCGUCGACGCGAAAAUGAACUCCUAUCGCAUUUUUCAGAAGAGGAGCUUACAAGCCUGCAUGAUGCCGUCGGGAUUGGGAGAUCACCGCAUGGGUCCUACGGAAUCGAGGCCUCCAGCAUUCUCAAAUACGCCGGUUCGCAGUCUGAAUCACCAGCAACAUUAAGAUCCAAAGAAACAAGGCAGAAAAUCUUGUUUCAUAUCUGGUUGUCGGAGCAGAGGUACAUACUCAAACUUGCCCAUUUCUUGGUAGCCACAUCAUUACGGGAUACACGGCAAGAUCAACAACUUGAACAAUUAUCUGGGUCUGGCGAUAGCUUUAUCGUGGGGGCCAGCCAGCUGGGGCGCGCCAUCCUCAACGGCCAGUGCGGGACAUUGAAAGUUGAAAAGUCCGAGAUUAGCAUUCCCAGCUGCAUUGAGGCUUUUCGGCUACGCGUUAAAGGUCUAGAAGCCGGCAGUUGGUGGUCAAAUUCGGUUGGGCCUGACGUGUUAAUGGAAAGCUCUUGGCAGGCAAGUUCUCUUGAAGAACUUGUCCAGAUAUUGAGCCUCCUUUUCCUUCAGGUCAGGUCCUCUGAAGCAAUCCCCUCGUCUGAUGUACUCUUGUCUUGGCUCAGGUUGAUGAGUGAAUAUGAAUUCCUAGAGACUAUUCGUCCAUCAACAGAGGAGCAAGCAGCCAUCUGCUCCCAGCUUCAGACUCUCAUAUCUAUAACAACGCUCUCUUUCCUCAAACUCCAGACCUCUUCUGCGCGCUUGGACAAACCUGAGCUAAAGCCAUCUAAUGUUCCAUACUUCUUAUCUCAGAAGGAUGUUGGCGAGAUCAACGAGAUAUUUCUCAAAGCAGCCCAGGUUGGCCGGCUAACUGCAAGUGCCGCAGUGUUUUCCUGGGCAGUCAUUAUGUAUUCGGUUGGAGAAAUCGCCCUGGCGAUUAAGGAAGACAGAGAGCUCCAGCAGGCGAACCACGCUGUAGAGUCAUUCAACAACAGCACACAGUUUGCGACACCAUCUGCUCUCUCCGAAUCAUCCAUAUACGAGGAAGUCUGGGAGAAGGCACGCAAUCCCGAGUUUGACGAGGACUUUGUCAGAUUCCUCGUUUCGAGCGCUGUCGAUAGAUGUCGUUUGCUGGAACUCAUAUUUGCUAUGUCAGAGCAGCUUCGAUCCGUCCCAAGACAGAGAGGAGAGAAUCUGGUAAACCAAUGGGGUCAGCUAGAGCUCUUAGACCUGAUUAGAUCCGGGGUUCAAUACCUAGACUACAUUCCUGAGCUAGUUGCAGCGGUUCUAUGCAUCGUAUCUGAGCCAACCGAACAUCGCUGCCUAGACAAGGAACCAAAAUUCGACGAUGCUUACGAUCCUCGAGCUGUCUUCCUAAACGAUGAUAUUCUAAUGGAAAAGAUCUUCCGAAAUGCAAAGUCUCGUUUUCCCUACGAGGCUGCAAAUUUUUUGAAGUUCUGCAGAGCUCUCUCAGGGUGCAGCCUAUCAACCGAAGAUGGUCUGCCCAUAAUCUGUCAUGAACUAGAAUCCAUGGCGACCUAUACACAGGCUGUUGCAUCUGGGUUCCAGGGGUAUCGAUCAAUCCGGGAAGAUGAAAAUGCUAACUAUGUCGAGCUAAUCGCGCCACUGGAUAUGAAAGAGAUUGCUUCCGCGAAACAUGAUAUCAUGCAAACUUCUAACGAAUUAGUUCUUGCUAAUGAAUUGUCUGUACUUCCUGCAGUUACAGUUGGGCAAGUGGUCAGCGAGUCGAAGCCCGCUGUGAUAAUGUGGCAUCACCAGUACAACUGCCUUGGAUUCCUCGGCAAGUGGCUAGAACAAGGUACCAACAGCCGCGGGAAUGAAAACGCCCCUGACGAUGAUGAUGCUGCAGAUAUUAUCGGUCUGCUUGCGGACUUGAUUGAUAAUGCAUAUGCCAUCUCCAGGGUUAAUGGACUCGAAUCUUCCGCCAAACGAAUCUUAGAAAUGGCGAGCGAUGGGUUAGACCGCCAUGCGGAUAUCAUAUCUGUAAUUUUCAACAUUUUCGAACGCAGCCUUCAGGGUGCCAGCGCCGCUACAUCUGGCAAUCGAAACCUCGAUCUUACUAUGUCUUGCAUGCAUUUCAUAUCGUCGCUUACCAAAGUCCUCCCUGGAAGGGUCUGGCCAGCUCUUGUUCGAAGUUCCUUCCUGUCAACCAAUGGAAACGGCGGAAUGUUGGAUAAAAUCAUCUUCUCGGUAGAGGCAAGCUCUGGAGAUCUUUCGUUCCUCCUCUCAUCGAUCAGACUAUUUGAAUCUGUUGUCGAUGAUGCUAUCACUCAUGCUGCUCUUCGAAGAACCACCGCAAAGGUCACUUCAGCCGCCUACGUGGUUGAAUACACAGCCGGAAUUCCCGUGCGCUCGAUGCGCACCUGCUUGCUCAACUUCGUUCGAGCUAUGGUGGAGAUAUACAAUAGCGGCUCCGGAUGGAAACACAAUGACAUCCACCAACAAAUUGAAAUCAACACCGCCUUAGCCAUUAAUUUCCACAAAAUCCUCUAUUACGUUUACGGAACCGAUGAUACCCAAGACCCUGACGAUAAAAUAACUGCUGUGUUUUCAAGUUCUGCCAGAUACCUAUCGAACAUUCUCCGACCAAGAUUGAACGAGAGUCUCCCGUCUAAUCCCAUCUUGCGAAUUAUCCUAGGUGGAUUUGAGGCUCACGUGCCUGAAAACAUGGUUCACUCUACAAUAGAAUGCAGUACUUUGGUGGUUUCAACACUUGAUUUGGCCAAGAUCCUAAUACAAGUUGGAUGGCUGACGGACGCUCCCGUUUCCGCACUUGAGAAGCAGCUCUUUAGCGCCUCACCUAUUCUCGCAAGAUUAUUUGUCCUUGAUCGCAGAUACCAGCUCCCAAUUUCUACAUUGCUGGAGUUGCUUGUGUCUCGCGCCUCCGCCUAUACCGACAGAGAGCCGCCUUCUCUACUUGGACACCUUGGUGCCGAGUCAUCGUGCCGUUUCCUAGAUGCUCUAGCUAAAUUUGACCGGCCAUUCGGAUCCGAUGACGUUAAGGUAGCUAUCUGGAAGCUCGUGACUUCAAUUAUAACUAAAAGACAGCAAUGGCUUGCUGUUUUCCUACUGACCGGCUGCUCUCCUCGAGAGUCCCUGAAAGCAGAUUCCGACAAAUCCGCUGCAUCUAUGAAAUCAAAACCGUUCCUGGAAGCAUCUCUGGAUCUACUGUCCUCCAUUUCUUCUAUUACACCCCAAGUAGCAGUAGCCGCGCUACAUUUCAUCGCUAAAGCCCAAGAACACUGGCCAUGGGUAACACCAGAGCUCAAGAAACACCCGAAUUUCUUCGCCGUGGUAACUAAAUACGUCACUUACCUAAAUAUCAGCAAGCUUCAGCCAUACCAAAAAUGCAUGAAUAUACGGAUAGCUGCGUUCGUAGUCGAUAUCUGCACUGUGUAUUUACACAGUGCCAAGGAGGCCAGAGAUGGGUCGUUCUUCAAAACAUUGAUACCACUCGUUACCUGGCUCUCGGAAAAUGCAGUUGAGGUUGACGGAUACAAUGCGUCACUACAUGCGAAUCUGAAACGCAACUUUGAAAUGAAAUACCGCGAGAGCAAGAUAUCAAAUAUCAAGCGCACUGCACUUACGCAACCGGAAUUUGGGGAGGAAUAUUAUUAUGAUGUCCCAAUGGGUAACAAGCUCUUCGGCUACGAUUUUGCAUGGAUUGGUAAACGUGAUCAAGGGUUUGUGGAAGAGGUUAAACGGGCCAAUUUGAACCUAUCUCUCGUCGAGGCACAGAUGUCACUUCUUCACAGCUGGAAAUUCUUUGCAAUCGAGCACUGCUCUGAUUUUAUGCCUGACCGUGAAGUUCAGAAGUCUAUGGCUAGAGUUGUCCGCCAUUGCUUGGUUGCAAACUCUCAUGAUAUACCUGACGAGCAAAUAUUUUUCAAACUACUUGAAACAAGAGCGGAAUUCGCCCUAGCCCUAGUUCAUCGCCUUGUUGAAGUACAAGCGAGGGGUCCCGAAGUUUUCAGCCUUUUAUCUGUUACAUGGGAAACUAUCCGGCUUCGUAACCCGACAUAUGAGAGUGCCCUCUUGCAUGACAACACAGAGUAUUAUGGGCUCCUGCUUAAUGUGCUCUUCCUUACACUGCAGUUCCAUGUUACAGGUGCUAAUCUAGUCAACCCAGAAGCCGUCAGUCAGAAACCUGAGGUGUCUUCUGAUCUGACUGUCGUUGUGGAUGUGAUCAAGAACGUAGUUGCCAAUGGCUACCGAUCUCUAUGCACACACCUACACGAUUCUCCUGAAAAAUGCACUCCCAAGGAUUUUGCCAUUUUAACAGCAAUCUUGCAAACCUCCCUAAAGGUCAAGGAUGUCGAUCGCAUCUACGAACAGAUUGCGUUCCACCUGGCUGAUAGUGAUACUAUUCGAUACGCUGCAACCCUUUUCUCAUGGUCAAAUCAGCUAACCAUUGAAGGCGAUCCUGUGUAUGGCGAGAUCAGCAUGCUGUAUCUCCUAGAGCUAUCUUGUAUUCCCAGCAUUGCAGAGCAGCUUGCAGUAGACGGGAUACUUGUCAAACUGUCAACCUACAGACUCACCGAGGCAUUCCGCCAACCCCAAGGCUGUGGUCCAUUUGACCCUACUCCAAGGCUUUUCUCCAUAUGGAAUUCUGGUUUCCUGCCACUCUGCUUGAAUUUACUAUAUCACAUUGGGCGCACAGUACCCGAAGUUGCUGCAUUCCUUAACCAAUUUGAUGGCCAGCUUCGACGAGCAUCAACUGGCUUCUCACUUAGCAACCCAACCGCUAUUCCCAGCUCCAGUCUAGCUAUGAGCCAUCACUCCAAAUAUCUAUCCCUUGGAAUGGCAACUGAAGCCUGUUCUCUUGCAUUGAUUUCGAUGAUUAUCCAGAAAUUCCGUGAUGCAGGACCAAGUGCAGGUGUAGACCCGCAAAAUAUCCAAGACCUUAAGUGGGACAGAGCACAGGUGAAAGACGAUAUUGACGCUUUGCUGGAAAAGCGUUCAGUCCUACGCUCGCGUAUCACGCCGACAAAUGAAAAGGAGGCCGCCUGGGCGCAGAGACCACCUCUAAAUCCAUCGAGUGGUGCGGAGAACUUGUUGGAAGAGAAGAUAGUGAAAGAGCUUCAAACAGCUAUUGCAUGUAUGGGCGCUGGAAGUGAUGAUUAG